AUGGGCAUUCCUGUCGACGAUGAUACACGGGAAAUUAACAAAGAUUUUAGAGCUGCUGAAGAACAAGAUAGUGGGGAUUCAAUAACAGAAAAAUCUCCGUCAACACCAUUUCUUCCUAGAAUACUUGCUAAAUCAAAAACAUCAUCAACAUCGAUAUCUUCACCAUCAAAAAUGAUUCCCAAUGUCUCUGGUUUAUUAACGUUUGCUGUUAAGAGUCCAACUGGUCGAUACAUGAUUCAAGGAACAAACAAUCGUUUUGGAUCCAUCCAAGUUGAAACUUGCGUAAUAGACAGUGGUUGCAAUUCCAUAUUAUUACCGUUAACGGAUGGCGUACAAAAAAUAUUUCAAGAAUUUGGAGAUAAAAAGUAUGAGUGGUCUAUAGUAGGGGUGGCACAUUUUCUUUACUGAUGCGUUACUUUACUGAGUAAAGCAACGCUUUCAAAUAUCACCGUAUGAGUGACGAACAACCGAAAAUGUAUUGUUUUAUCACCUUCCGGACACAAUGCG